GGGAAAAGAGAUGCAAAAUUAAAUGAGAAAAGGGUAAUAAAAAGAUGGGGCCAUAAGAAGUGUAUCCUCAAAGUGAGGUCUAUAAAUGGUGCCUAGUUUCAUCAAACUUGAGAGCAGAGUAACACAGAGUAGUUCUCUCAUUCUCAUAUCUCCACUCUCAAUCAAACAAUUAUGACUAUGGAAGAAGGAAGUGUUGGGAGUGAGGAGUACACACAAGAUGGAACAGUGAAUAUUAAAGGAAAACCUGCUCUUAGAUCCAAAAGUGGUGGUUGGAAAGCUUGCUCCUUUGUUGUAUAUUAUACCAACUUUGAAAGAAUGGCUUAUUAUGGGAUAUCAUCAAACUUGAUCCUGUAUUUGACAACAAAGCUUCACCAAGGCACAGUUAAAUCUUCAAACAAUGUCACCAAUUGGGUUGGGACAAGUUGGAUCACACCCAUUUUAGGUGCCUAUAUUGCCGAUGCUCAUCUUGGCCGCUAUUGGACUUUUGUUAUUGCCUCGGCAUGUGUCUGCUAACACUAGCAGUUUCCCUUCCAAGCCUAAAACCGCCACAAUGCUUUGACAAAGACAUAACAAAAUGUGGCAAAGCGUCCACACUCCAACUAGCAGUGUUCUAUGGUGCACUCUACACUCUAGCAGUUGGAACAGGUGGAACAAAGCCCAACAUCUCCACCAUUGGUGCUGACCAAUUUGAUGACUUUCAUCCAAAGGAGAAGCUCCACAAGCUAUCCUUCUUCAACUGGUGGAUGUUCAGCAUCUUCUUUGGGACACUCUUUGCAAACACUGUGUUGGUCUAUAUUCAAGACAACGUGGGUUGGAGCCUUGGUUAUGCACUUCCAACACUUGGCCUUUUAGUUUCAAUCAUGAUAUUCUUGUCAGGGACUCCCUUUUAUAGGCACAAGGUGCCUGCAGGGAGUACCUUCACUAGAAUGGCUAGGGUCAUAGUUGCUGCUUUCAGGAAAUGGAAUGUGCCUAUUCCUAAAGAUACUAAAGAAUUCUAUGAACUUGAUGUCGAGGACUAUGCAAAGAAAGGGACUUAUCGGAUUGAUUCCACCCCAAAUUUGAGGUUCCUUGACAAGGCUUGUGUGAAAACAAGUUCAACCAACAAUCCAUGGAAGCUAUGCACUGUGACACAAGUAGAAGAAACAAAGCAAAUGCUAAAGAUGGUUCCAAUUUUGAUGGCAACGUUUGUUCCAAGCACAAUGAUGGCUCAGGUAAACACAUUGUUUGUGAAGCAAGGAACCACCCUUGACAGACACAUCGGAAGCUUCAAGAUUCCCCCGGCGAGCUUAGGCGCAUUCGUGACGAUCUCCUUGCUCACCUGCAUCGUCCUCUACGACCGUGUCUUCGUGCGGAUCAUAAGAAGGUUCACCAAGAACCCAAGAGGGAUCAGGCUCCUUCAAAGAAUGGGAAUUGGCAUUGUUUUACACAUCUUGGUCAUGACCGUUGCAUCAAUCACUGAGAAUUAUAGGCUUAAGGUUGCAAGAAAUCAUGGUGUUGUAGAAAGUGGUGCACAGGUUCCUUUAAGCAUAUUCAUUUUGCUUCCACAGUUCAUACUCAUGGGAACCGCCGACGCCUUCUUGGAGGUUGCAAAAAUCGAGUUCUUCUACGAUCAGGCACCGGAAAACAUGAAGAGCCUUGGGACUGCAUAUUCCUCUGUUACAUUAGGAGUUGGGAAUUUCAUAAGCUCUUUCCUUUUAUCAACCGUGGCACGGCUUACUCAGGAACAUGGUCAUAGAGGGUGGAUAUUGAACAACUUGAAUGAGUCACAUCUUGAUUACUACUAUGCAUUUUUUGCAUUGCUGAAUUUCCUCAACUUUAUUUUCUUCCUAUUUGUUUCAAGGUUCUAUGUGUACAGAGCAGAGGUUUCUGAUUCCAUACAAGUGCUUGCAAAGGAGUUGGAGGAGAAGAAAGUGACUGUGUCUAAUAACUAUGUGAAUCCCAAAGACUAAUAGAGUAGAUAAAAUUGGUAUACAACUUUGCGAAUUGGAAGCCAAUUCAAAAGAAAAUAUGGUUAAAUGUUAUAUAGUUCUUGAGGGUUUAGUGUGUGUGAUGAUUUCUCUCCUUAUUCUGUAAAGUGUUUGAGAAAUAUGAAAUAUCUCAGGCUGAUAUAAAAGAAGAACAAGGACAAGAUUCAGAGAAAAAGGGAUGUGUAAUGUGUUUGACACUUUUUUCA